GGGGGAAUUUCUCUACAAAGACAUAAAACCUCAUCAUGAGAGUGGUUGCAGUUCUCUUGGUUUGCUUCUCUCUCUUUUCUUUCUGUCGAGCACAGAAUGAAUCAUCUAAUGAUACAGAAGAACAGUCUUCAUACGUUGAGCCUGCUCAGCCAGUUGAGCAAGACAGUCAGCCAGCUGAGCGAGACACUUACCUUAUAGAAGAAUGUUUAAGCAACAAAUACACACACAAGUCCUGUAAGAAAGUUUUUUGUCACCCAUGGGAACGAUGUGUGGAGGGAAAAUGCCUCUGUAAGCUUCCCUACCAGUGUCCAAAGAACGGCACUUCAGUUUGUUCUACCACUGGAAAGAACUUUUAUACUUAUUGCCACCUAAAGAGCUUUGAGUGUCAACGUUCCGAAGCAAAGUUUCUGAACAAGGGAAAAUGCAUGUCCACAGAAACAUUUAAAAUCUCCUUGGUCUACAAUGAUUCACAUUUGCUCCAAGUAAAACCUGUGAAUAAUGAGGACCUUUUUGUAUGUGACAGUAUGUGGACAAUGAAUGAAGCAAAUGUGGCCUGCAGACACCUUGGCUUUGAAUUAGGUGCUGAAUAUUACCACACCAUCUACAACAUCACAGAACCAUCACACUGCUUCCAAAUAACUUGCAGAGGCCUAGAGACAAGUCUUGCUGAAUGUUACAUAGAGAAGAAAUUAAGAGCUAGUAAUGAGGGAUUUGUUAGCCUCCAGUGCCAGAAAACUCUCCGAGAAUGUUCAGCUGGUGAGUUCCACUGUGCAAAUGACAAGUGCAUUUCUGUGACUAAAACCUGUGACGGUAUAAAUGACUGCGGAGACUUAAGUGAUGAACUGUGCUGUAAAGAAUGCAGAAACAACAGUUUUCACUGUCGAUCAAAUAUCUGUAUUCCAAAUAAGAAUGUGUGUAACAAAGAAGUUGACUGCCUAACAGGAGAGGAUGAAGCUCAAGCUCUCUGUUCAGGCAAACCAAAACAUGAGGAAAAUCACAGUAUGGAUGCAGAAAGAAAACUGGCAAAGACAUUCCUUCCCCAAAUAAACUGCGGUGUUGUAAAUCACACAUUAACUCGACGGAAAAGAAUCAUAGGUGGACAGACUGCAAGAAAGGGUGAAUUCCCUUGGCAAGUGGCAAUUAAAGACACUGGCACUGAAGGUGCAACAGUGUACUGUGGAGGGGUUUAUAUUGGUGGCUGUUGGGUUCUGACUGCUGCACACUGUGUCAGAGCAACUCGAGUUCAUCAAUACCGUGUCUGGAUUGGGCUGUUGGAUACAAUACAGUAUGACAAAGAGACAGACACUUACAGACUAAAGCAACUGAUAAUCCAUGAGAAGUAUGAUGCUGCAACAUAUGAAAAUGACAUCGCUCUGCUGGAGCUGAAAGGUCAUGGAAAAGGAGAGUGCUCCUUGAAAUACAGCACACCUGCCUGCGUCCCCUGGUCAGAGCAUAUGUUCAAGGCUGGCGAUAAAUGCAAGGUUUCUGGAUGGGGACUAGAGAAAGGUUAUACCAAACAAUAUGUGCUCAAAUGGGGAAAUGUUAAUUUAUUUCAGAAUUGUUCUGAAAUGUAUCCAGGACGAUUCUUUCAAAAAAUGGCAUGUGCAGGUACUUACGAUGGCUCCAUUGACAGCUGCAAAGGUGAUUCAGGAGGUCCCCUGGUUUGCUUUGAUGCAGAAAAUGUGGCUUAUGUCUGGGGUGUUGUGAGUUGGGGUGAAAACUGUGGGGAGGCCGGUCACCCCGGCGUCUACACACAAGUAGCCAGCUAUUACGACUGGAUUAGCCACCAUGUGUCAAGGAGUCUCAUUUCACGGUAUAAUAUCUGAAGCUCAGCAAACUAAACACUUGUUACCAUCCAUGCAGAAAUGAACACUAGUCCAUUUUUACUAUAGCAGCCAUGUGCCUUAGCAACUAUUAGUAUAAAUCGUGAAAUAAUGUAGUUUGAAAACGUUCAGCUCUCUACAAAUACUACAAUUUUACAGAAGUCUGUACAAAAGAGUUUUGCAGUCAUGUAAGUCCACAGCAAAAUUAUCAAAUAAAACCAUGUUUACUGCAGGGAAAUUCAA